CGGGUCGAGGUUCUGUCCUACACUCCGGCUGUGGCUAUGGGCAGUCAGUGCAUCACAGAACUUGGUCCCGGGAGCUCGGCAGCGACGGGGACGACGUGGGGACUGCUGACAAAGUUGCUGUCCCCCCAUGUCCUCGGUGCCACCCGAUGGGGGUGGGGAGAGGAGCCGUCUCUGUACACGGUCAAAGCUGUCAUCAUCUUGGAUAACGAUGGAGAUCGGCUCUUCGCCAAGUACUACGAUGACACGUAUCCCAGCGUCAAGGAGCAGAAAGCCUUCGAGAAGAACAUCUUCAACAAGACCCACCGUACAGACAGUGAGAUUGCUCUGCUGGAGGGACUGACUGUUGUCUACAAGAGCAGCAUUGACCUCUACUUCUACGUCAUUGGCAGCUCCCAUGAGAAUGAGGUGGCACUCAGGGGGUGUUGAGUCUGUGUGUGUCCCCCCCCUUCCCCCCCCCAUAGGAAGAACGUGGAGAAGCGAGCGCUGCUGGAGAACAUGGAGGGGCUCUUCUUGGCCGUGGAUGAGAUUGUGGAUGGAGGUGUUGUCUUGGAGAGCGACCCACAGCAAGUGGUGCACCGCGUGGCAGUGCGGGUAUGGGGGGGGCAGAGGGGGGGACAGGGGGGGUGAUGGAGGGGGGGGAGG